AUGGAAAAAGUUUUUUAUUUUAGGUUUAAAAAAAUUAGAGUUAAAAAUUGUAUUAUAUUAUUUUUUAUUAGUUGCUUAUUUUUUAAUAAUGCCAAAUCACAAGAUCAAUCACCAAUCACAUUAAUAGUAAAUCCAAAUAUUAAUAAUACUUAUAUUAUUGGUGAAAAAUGUGGUAUUAAAGAGAGCCUUGUUAAUUUAUAUCAAUUUAAUUGUUCAAUUUCCCCACUGGAAGUUGGAGGAGAAAUCAUUUUAAAUGGUAACAUUAAUCCAUUAUCUCCUUACCAAACAAAGAUUCAAAUAUUACAAACAAACAAUUCAACAUCAGUAUUAAUUAGUAUUGUUAUUGGUGACUUUACAUUAUCAAAUUCAAUUAUUUCAAAUAUUACAAAUGAAUAUAAUGGAUAUCCUUCAACCAACUAUUUAAUUUAUACAGAUAGAAUAAAUUUUACAUUGAAUAAUGUUAAUAUUUUCGAUAUUGGAUCUAGUAUUGAAACAGUAAUACAAUCUGAAAAUAGUAUUCUUAGUAUAACAAAUUGUUUAUUCAACAUUCUUACCACUGUACUUGGUGCAAUAUCUGGUGGUAGUUGUAAUGUAAUAAUCAAGAAUUCAGUUUUCACUUCUUUAUCAUCAUCAUCUGGACCAAGUGUAUUGAAUUAUCUCACAAGUACAGAAAAUGUUGAAAUAACACUUAUAAUGAAAAAUUGUCAAGUUUAUAAUUGUUAUUCUCAAUCAAAUGGUGGAGUUUUAUUUAUGUCAAAUUAUUUUAAUUCAAAAAAUGUUCCAAAUUUGAUUAUUGAAAAUUCUGUCUUAAAGAAUAAUAAUGGUUCAAAGGGUGGAGUACUCUAUAGUUCAAAGUAUCCAUUAAUUAUUAACAAUUGUACUUUUGAUUCAAAUGUUGCAGGACUUGGUAGUAUUUUAUAUGUUUCAGGAGGAUCAAUAACAGUUACAAAUUCUACAAUUAUUAAUGUAAUUAAUCCAACAAAAAAUUUAUAUCUUUGUUUUCUUUUUUUUUUUUAUUUAUAUCUAUCGUGUGGUUGGGUGAGUAUCGAACCCUUGAUUUUAUUUUCGGGUAUAAGUAAAAACCUCCCCAUUCGGGAAUCGAACCCGAGGUACCAGUGUGAAAGACUAGAGUGUUACCGACUACACCAAUGA